AGGAGGAGGGGGGGGCGGCAAGGCAGAGACAGAAGAGGCGAAGAGGAUGUCGGGGAAGACGGGGAGUCGAUCAGGACACAGUGGCCGGGGUACUGGCUCCAACUCCGGGGUUCUCAUGGUCGGACCAAACUUCCGGGUAGGGAAAAAGAUCGGAUGCGGGAACUUUGGAGAACUGCGACUCGGAAAGAACCUGUACACCAAUGAAUAUGUGGCUAUCAAACUGGAGCCAAUCAAGUCACGUGCACCACAGCUCCACCUAGAAUAUCGCUUCUACAAACAGUUGGGAAGUUCAGAGGGUGUCCCCCAGGUGUUUUACUUUGGGCCAUGUGGUAAAUACAAUGCCAUGGUUCUAGAACUACUGGGACCCAGCUUAGAGGACCUGUUUGACCUCUGUGACCGUACUUUCUCUUUGAAGACUGUACUCAUGAUAGCCAUACAACUGAUAACUCGCAUGGAGUUUGUCCACACCAGAAGCCUCAUCUAUCGGGACGUGAAGCCUGAGAACUUCCUGGUGGGCCGACCCGGCUCCAAACGGCAGCACACCAUUCACAUCAUUGACUUUGGCCUGGCAAAAGAAUACAUAGACCCAGAGACCAAAAAACACAUCCCAUACAGAGAACACAAGAGCCUCACUGGUACUGCGAGAUACAUGAGCAUCAACACACAUCUGGGGAAAGAACAAAGCAGACGGGAUGACCUGGAGGCUUUAGGUCACAUGUUCAUGUACUUCCUGCGAGGAAGUCUACCAUGGCAGGGAUUGAAGGCGGACACUCUGAAAGAACGUUAUCAGAAGAUAGGAGACACAAAGAGAGACACGCCGAUAGAGGUCCUCUGUGAGAACUUUCCAGAGAUGGCCACUUACCUGCGAUACGUGCGUCGGCUCGACUUCUUUGAGAAACCAGACUACGACUACCUGAGGAAACUCUUCACUGACCUCUUUGACAGAAACGGAUACAUCUUUGACUACAAGUACGACUGGACUGGAAAGCCACUGCCCACUCCUAUUGGUCCAGUGGCCAGCGAGACUCCCCUGCAGACGAGCAACCGAGAGAAGGUGCCGCAGACCAAAAACCAGUCUCCAGAGGGGAAAGGCGGUGAGUCCCAGCCCACUCCAAUGACCAAUCAAGAGCUGUUGGGCUCCCACCUCACUGCCGAUAGGCUGGGCGGGUCUGUCCAGGUUAUGAGCUCAACCAAUGGGGAGCUGAACACAGAUGACCCCACUGCAGGACACUCCAACGCACCAAUCACAGCCAACGCAGAAGUGGAAGUGGCUGAUGAUACCAAGUGCUGCUGUUUCUUCAAGAGGAGGAAGAGGAAAGCUCUCCAGAGACACAAAUGAAAACACCGGACGAGAGCGAGAGAGAGAGAAACCCCCACUCAGUUUUUCCCCCAUUUCCUUCUCCUCUUCUGGUUCUGUUGUCCUCUUCAUGUUACUUUCUUUUCCUUGGUCUCCUCCUCCCUCCUCUGCUGAUGGCGGUCCUGUGGUCCUCCGUGGGACCACACUAGAUGGGGACUCGCUGUAGAGUGCUGUGAAAGCCAAAACCAGAAGCUCCGCCCCCCUCCCUCUCUGCUGUGAGUAUCAGUGCCAUAGAGAGAAAGCCGCCUCCUCCUCCUCCUCUCUUCCUCUCUCUCUCACUCUCUCUCUCUCUCUGUGGAGCAGAUCUGCUCUCACCCCUUGCUAUAAAUGACAAGUGUGUGCAAAGUAAACUGAAUAUUUAUUUGAAAACACAAACAGCGUUGAUGCUGUUUAUACAGAGGAUUAUGGGGGGGGCAAAAAGAGAGGGCGGUGAGUGUGUUUCCUGGUCAGAUACAUGACCAUGAAAUCGUGGGGUGGACAACGGACGAGUCGGCGCUUCCACAUCCAGUGUGUCCUCAGUGGACGGACUGACUGGAUCGGACAGUAACCUGGCUUUCCUGUUCCACCCCGGAGCUUUAAAUGAGGACUCUUCAUGUAUUUAUGGUCACAAACUGAACUGAAACUUGAUAACACACACACAAACACACUGCUGUGACCAUAGACGGACCGAGAAAGUCUCAGUGAUUGUCCCGACACGAGUGGACUUGGCCUGUCUCCUCACAGACUGGCCACUUCUCUGUUUUGUUUUCUUCCUCACUGACUGGUUCAGAGGAGAAAGACGUGUAUUUGUGAAGGAGACAUGGAGGCGAGGACGAGAGGACACAAUGAGCCUGUAAGACCACAAACACACACACGUAGAAACACACUGCACACGGGCUUGAGCUCAGCAUUAAGAGACUUCAGAGACAACAAAAAAAAUGUUGCAGCUCUCGCACAUAGUUAAUAAUAAUAUUUUUUAUUCCCUGGGGGGCGACAGGAAGUACACGGUGAGCAGCUUGGUCUAUUUCCUGUAGCAGACUGGGCUCCAUGUACUCGUCACAGACACAUUCACCCCUCAGAGGAAAACCUCACAACCACCAGAAUCAAAAGUUUAAAAAGAGAUGUUUAUGUAAAAAAAAAACCCUGUUUUUUUUCC